CAUCGAGUUUUCAUUCGCAGUUUGACAUCCUACGUAGUCAUCAGUAGUCGUGUCCCGGGCUGCAUUCAUUUGAAAGAUUCAAGAUAUAUGUACAUCUGUGAGUGAGGCUCUAGUGCAUUUUUAAGGAUAUCUGUGAAACCUGAAUAUACUAAGAGUUUUGAACUGAAAUGGCAGAUCUAGGGAGCACAUUUUCAAACCAUUUGAAUGAAAUCAAGGCCACAGUGGCUGUGUUUGCUGUCACACUUGCGGCUGUCAAGCUGAUCACCUCUCUGAACAAGAAGCAGUACAACCUGCCCCCAGGUCCCCGCAAUGUCCCUCUUUUGGGUUACCUCCCUUUCCUCGGCAAAGCUCCGGCCCUGACCUUCGGCUCCUUGCGUGACAUCUACGGCGAUGUGUUCAGCAUUAACAUGGGCAGCUUUCCUACCAUCGUCCUCAACGGGAUGGAUGCUAUCAGAGAAGCUCUUGUAACGCGAGGCGAUGAUUUUUCGGCCAGACCAGCUUUCACCUCCGCUAAACUACUGAACGAGGGCAGGAAUUUCGGAUUCGCUGCUUUUGGGCCCAUCUGGAAAGCUCACCGGAAAGUUGUCAGGCAUGUGAUGUACGCCUUCACCAACGCAAGAAAUAAUCCUAUCGAGGACAUUGUUGUUACGGAGGUCGACACCAUUGUCGAUGAGUUCGUUGCUCAUGGAAAUAAACCAUUUUAUCCACGGGUGACCAUCACCCUGGCAGCGUCGAGCAUGAUCUACCAACUUUGUUAUGGCCGACAUAGAAAUAUUCGCGAAGACCCAGACUUUGAAAACACUCUGAUUAACGCCCAGGAGUUUGGAAAGUUCAAUGGUCCCGGGAACCUCGUUAAUGUCAUGCCAUGGCUCCGUCACAUCAUGCCUUGGAGAGUCAGCAAGUUUCUAGAAAUCAUAGAUUCGGGGAUCAAACGGAGAACAAAGAAGGUCGAAGAACACGAAAAGACAUUUGAUGAGAACCAUCUUCGGGACAUCACCGAUGGGCUGCUCCAUGCAGCCAACCAUCUGUCUAAAGAGGAGAAAGCCGUCGGACUGGACAGCACGCGAGUCAUUGAAAGUCUGGACACUAUUUUUGGAGCUGGUGGGGGCACAGUGUCUUCCUUCCUUGACUGGAGUGUUCUUCUCAUGGCAGCGUUCCCUGAGGUCCAGGAGAAGGUAUUCAAAGAGAUAGAGAACGUUGUUGGACUAACUCGCUACCCGUCCCUCACUGACCGUUCCAGUCUACCCAUGGUAGAGGCUGUCAUCUACGAAGUGUUUCGCUUCGGUAGUCUAGUUCCAUUGGCUUUGCCUCACGCCACAAUCUGCGACACGACUGUACAAGGCUACGAUGUUCCUGAAGGAACGGUGGUUCUGAUCAACCUAUAUUCUGUCCUCCAUGAUAAAGAAACGUGGGUAGACCCCGAGAAGUUCCGACCAGAGCGUUUCCUGUUGGACAACGGUCAGCUGGACAAAGUCAAGGCCGAGCAAGUCAUCGUCUUCUCCCUGGGCAGACGACGAUGUGUCGGCGAGUUUCUUGCACGCAUGGAGGUCUUCCUUGCCUUCACCACCCUCAUCCAACGCUGUCGACUGUACAAGCCACCCGGGGCACCUGACUACACACUGGGAAAAGUGUUUCGACUUGCAUGUGAGCCGGAAGUGUACGAAGUGUGCGCUGCUCGAAGAGAGUAACAACAGCGAUAUGAUUAUUCAGGAACUGCUUGUGGGACGGUUUGACUUCUAUGGGCAUGUAUUUAUCUAAAAAAUAUGAAUCCAGAAAUUAUAUAUAAUAAACCAGAAUUCUUUUAGGCCAUGAUUUAUUUAGCUGGUAAAUUUAUGCUGGAUGAUGAUGAUGAUGAUGAUGAUGAUGAUGAUGAUGAUGAGUAAUUACAAUAAAGAAAUAGAAGUCUGGCGCAGCUUUUACUUUUUUAAAAAACAUAUUAGAGGUAGUGUAGACGAUAAUUUGGGCAUUCGAAUAAAUAUUAAAUUUGUAUUAAUUGCUGAUGUGUUUGUUUGUCUCUUGAGCCUGUCUGUCUGUUCGUCUUGACACGUGUAGUGACGCAUGGACCUUGAGGAUCGUUGGCUUGAGGAUAGUCUCCGGAUCCCGCAAAUUCUCUCGGUAUGUGGGACAUAAAGGGUCAGAGUGUCUGUCUGUGUGUCUGUCUGUGUCUGUCUGUCUGUCUGUCUGAAGAAAUGAUAAGGGGAAGACUAGUAUUGAAAGUUUAAUUGACACUUUGUCAUUCCUUCAUGCUCACGAUUUACUUUUAUUCAUGCAAAUUAAUAUCGAAUGAUUAAAUGAGCCAAAUAAAAUC